UAUGUGGUUCCUAAUUUCUAUCAUUUCGGGUAUUAAUGCACAAAGUACAACUUUUCGCGUUUUGCAGAUAAUCAAGAAAGUUUCAUCCCCCCGUUAAAAUUUUUCCAGUUUCGUUGUGGUGAAGAGAGAAAGCAACAUCACCCAACAGUAUGGAGUCCAGCUCUUACUUGAUGAUGUUGUAUGUAACCUUAGAGCAGGAGUCAGCUCUUAAGGACUUCUUUGUGGAUAAUGGAUGGCGGUUUUGUAAACCAGAUUUGUCAGUAACCACAGACGAGCUAGGACCUUGUGUUCCUUGUAAAAAAGACCCUGAUGAAGAACCACAUUUUCCAGACGCAUACGAAGACGAAGACAUUAAACCAUCAUUUCCUAUGAUUAAAAUGAAUGCUUUUCUACCAAAGAGUGUUAGAAAAAAAACUUCAAUGCCAGUGGAAGGAAAACGAAAAGGUUAUUCCCUGAGGAAGCCGAAAACUCCUGCUAAACGAACUAGAGGUACUGAAGCUGAGGAUGACAUUAAGAUUGAAACAGAUGGUGAUAGUAGAGAUUUUGAUACAUUGAACGAGGACACUGAUGGUGAUGGUGAUGAUGAUUUUAGAGAUGAAGAUGACAUGGAUUAUGAUAAUGAGGUAGAAACAGCUGAGAGUGUAGGAAUUACAAGUGGAAAGGGAGAAGCUCAGUUGCCCACUGAUAAUCCUGUUGUUAAUGGCGAUACUGCAGAUGACACUGCUACAAAGACUAAGGAAGAUAAAAAGACUCCGACACCUGUUGUAUGCAAUAUAUGUUUGAAGACAUUCGGAUGUAAGAAAAAUUUAGGUAAACAUAUGCUGAGACAUGGUGAUAAAAAGUUUUCAUGUCCUAUAUGUAGUAAAGGAUUCUACCGUAUGACUGAAAUGAGGAAACACAUACAGUAUACACACGAGGGUAAACGUCCACCAGGACACAUUUGUGACGUUUGCGGGAAAACGUAUCCAAGCAAGUCCGAUCUGGAGAUUCAUUAUUCGUAUAAACACAGUGCAGAGCCGAUGGAGGACCUAAAAUGUAAGGUGUGUGGGAAAGUCCUUUCAUGUAAAAAGAAAAGGAUUCAACAUGAACAGAAGCAUGUGGAAGGCUUCAAGUUCACAAAGUGUGACGGAUGUGGGCGCAUGUGCAAGAAUAUCGAUGAUCACAAGCAGUACUGUUCAGGAGAGCCUUUUACCGCGAAACACGAAUGUGGCGACUGCGGAGCAAUGUUUACUACUCGGAAAUAUUUACAAAAACACUUGAAGAUAAAGCAUGGAUUUACGUAUGCAUGUGUUGCUUGUGGCUUGACAUUCUCGGACAAAAAGGCAGUUGCAAACCAUACAUGUACUUCUUUUAAUGUUGUUAUUACAAAUGUUAAUGAGGAAUUUUCAUAAAUAACAGGUAGUGUUUUUUUCUAUGGUAUAUGCUUUUAUACUAAGGGUGUAAUUAUGACUUUGUACAUUGAUGUCAGCCAGGGAAACAGAUUUUAUUUUUACAAGAUUAUAUGAAAUAUUUUCAUGCAAGUGUUUGUGUUUUAUACAAAUUUAUUUUAUUGUGUUUGACCGUAAGUUGAGUUGUUUAUUUUAAUUUUUAAUACCCUUUUAAAUAUUGUAUUGAAAUUUUAUUGGAUUAUUGCCCAUAUUUAGCAGAUCUUUCAGUAAUUUUUGUGUCAAGUGUAAAAGUCAAGAUCAAAGUUACCAUGAUUGUUAAAAAAACCCAAAAAACAUGUCUUCCCAAAACAUGAUUAAAAAAACAAAACAAAAAAACAUUAAAUUUACUUCCCAAUAAUUGCAAUAUACAUCAGUCAGACAGUGCCUGGAUUGCAGCUUUUGACCAGUUUUCACAGCAGUCCGGUUUUCUUAAAGUCCCGUUUUGGAUCAUAUGUAUGAAACAUCACAGAUUCCUACAUAAGCAUGCAUUUACAAUGAUUGCUAAAUUUACAAUAAUAGCAAUACAAAAUUAUGCGAUUUUAUUCUAAUUAUGUCACAUUGUUGUGUUAAAAUAAAACCAAAAUGUUUAAACAAUAAAGUUUUGGUACAGGAUUAUGAUUAAAUAAACACAUUUAUUAAUUAACUUUUUAUUCACUUUUACCAUAUUCACAGUCAAAUGAAAGAUUCACUUUCAGGUCAGUCCAAUUUUCUCGAGAUCCUCAAGGCUACCCAAAGAUUACUCGAAAAAUCAUUUAAAGAUUGAUUUUUAGCUCGACUUUUCUAUGAAAAGGGGAGCUAUCCUACUCGCCCCGGCGUCGGCGUCGGCGUUGGCGUCACACCUUGGUUAAGUUUUUCGUACCACCCCACUUUAUUUCAGAAGUAUUACAAGUAUGGCUUUGAAACUUACCAUACUUGUUCACCAUCAUAACCUCCAUCUACAGACAAGAGUACAUAACUCUGUCAAGGUUUUUGACAGAAUUAUGGCCCUUUUUUGACUUAGAAAGUGUAUUGAGCUUGGUUAAGUUUUUUGUACCACCUCACUUUAUUUCAAAACCAUUGGAGGUAUUGCUUUGAAACUGACCAUACUUGUUUACCAUCACGACCUUCAUCAACAGACAAGAGGACAUAACUCUGUCAAGGUUUUUGACAGAAUUAUGCCCCUUUUUGACUUAGAAAAUACAUUGAAUAUGGGUAAAAUCCACUUAUUGCCUUAACCCUUUGAGAUAUUGCUUUGAAACUUUUUAAUGCUAUUUCACAUCAUUACCCCCAUCUGUACGCAAGAGAAGGUAACUCUGUCAAGGAUUUGUUUUAAAAAUUAAGGCCUUUUAUCGACUUAGAAUCUUGGUUAAGUUUUUAGUACCAGUCCACUUUUUGACUGAACUGUUUGAGAUAUUAAUUUGAAAGUUGGAAUACUUGUUUACAAUCAUGAUUCCCAAACAUGUCCAGGAGAAGGUAAUUCUGUCAAAGAUUUUAUUUGAAUUAUGGCCCUUAACUGUCAAUGUUUUGUAUUAUAGGCAAGCACUAAAAAACUUAAAAAAUCUAAAAAAAUUCAUUCCUAUCCACUUGUUCACUUUACCAUAAAUUAUGUCAUAUAAACAUUGCUGUAAUAUUCAAGGGUAUCAAACAACUACUUCACUUUAAAAAUACAGAGAUUCUUGUAUUGCCUUUUACUGCAAAAACUUUUUUUAUUGGCAAGCAAUAAAAAAGUCGAGCGCGCUGUCUUACGGACAGCUCUAGUUAGCUCACCUGUCACAAAGUGACAGGGUGAGCUUUUGUGAUCGCUUUUCGUCCGGCGUCCGUCCGGCGUCUGUCCGUCCGUUGUCCUUCGUAAACUUUUACUUUAAAUGACAUCUCCUCAUAAACCACUAGGCCAAUUUCAUCCAAACUUCACAGGAAUGUUCCUUUGGUGGUCACCUUUAAAAAUUGUUCAAAGAAUUUAAUUCCAUGCAGAACUCUGGUUGCCAUGGCAACCGAAAGAAAAAACUUUAAAUAUCUUCUUUUAAAAAACCCUAAGAGCUAGAGCUUAGAUAUUUGGCAUGAAAUAUCUUCUAGUGAGUGUCUACCAAGUUUGUUCAAAUAAAAGCCCUGGGGUCAAAAUUGGCCCCACCCCAGGGGGUCAUUGAUUUUCCCUAUAUGCAUAUAGUAAAAACUUAAAAAAUCUUCUUUUAAAGAACCCAAAGAGCUAGAGCUAAGAUAUUUAGCAUGAAACAUGUUAUAAUGCGUGCCUACCAAGUUUGUUCAAAUAAAAGCCCUGGGGUCAAAAUUGGCCCCGCCCCAGGGGGUCAUUGAUUUUCCCUAUGUGCAUAUAGUAAAAACUUAAAAAAUCUUCUUUUAAAGAACUCAAAGAGCUAGAGCUAAGAUAUUUAGCAUGAAACAUGUUCUAAUAGGUGUCUACCAAGUUUGUUCAAAUAAAAGCCCUGGGGUCAAAAUUGGCCCCGCCCCAAGGUCUUUGAUUUUCCUUAUAUGUGUAUAGCAAAAACUUAAAAUCUUCUUUUAAAAAAAACCCAAAUAGCUAGAGUUUAGAUCUUAAGCAUGAAACAUCUUCUAGUAAGUGUCUACAACGUUUGUUCAAAUAAAAGCCCUGGGGUCAAAACUGGCCCUGCCCCAGGGGUGUCAUUGUUUUUAACUAUAUGUGUAUAGUAAAAAUGUUCUUUUAAAAAGCCCAAUGAGCUAGAGCUUAGAUGUUUAGCAUGAAACAUCUUCUUAUGGGUGUGUGUGUGGGGGGGGGCUAUAUACAGGUGAGCGACCUCAGGGCCAUCAUGGCCCUCUUGUUUCUAUUUUAUGUUUAUUUCUUUAAAAGAUGUAUAGUUAUUGAUAAUAGCUUAAAGCAGCCUACAGCUUUUCUAAUGUUAUUUCUAGAUUAAUCAUUUCAUGUAAUUGUCACAUGAAAAAGAAUUAAAGUGGCAAAUGAAAUUGACUGUCGUUGAAAUACAUUAACAAUAAGACUACCCCUUGAUACCACUAAUCUACCGGUCAGCAUUCUAUAAUAAUAUUAUGUAAAUUAGUAAAGUAGAUGAUUUGUUCCUCCUCUACUUUUAAAAUGAACAUCACUGUCACAUUAUGAAUAUCUCUCAAACGGUGUGUUGAAGCAAUCUCCUACCCACUGAUCUCCCCUUACAUAAUAAUUUUGGAAACAUAAAUAUUAUGAAAAUAAUUUUUAAAAAUUUUAAUACCGCACCGUUUAUUUCCAAAACAAUGACCUCUCUCGAAAAAGAAAUCAUUCAAGUUAUUAUUAAUUUCGACUCUACGCUUUGCAAAAAUCAAUUUUUUUCAAUCAUAUCAACAUAAUUUUGAGACCAGAUUUCAAGUUUUAAUGUCGCUGUUUAUUACAGAUAAAACAUUUUUUCAACGAUUUCAUUGGCGUAUAUGCCAUUUUUACACAAUCAUGUGAUAAUACCAUCAUCACAUGAUUUUUGUGAAGGUAGUCGUUACGGUGUACGGACAUAAUCCCCUUCGGACAAAAUCCCCUUCAUGUAUUUUUGCAUAUCUGGACAUAAUCCCCUCCAUGGGUGGACAUAAUCCCCUUCAUGUGUGAAAUUUUGAAGUGGACAAAAUCCCCUUCAUAAAAUUGCUACCUAGGACAAAAUCCCUCUCGGAGGAAUUUUCGGUUUAUAAAGUGGGUAUGGGAGCUUAAUGUAUAAAUAAGUAGAAAAUAUUUCAGCAGAAAAGCACAUUCAAUUAGCACAUUUUAAUCACAUUAAAAUUGCUUAAAAUUGCUUUGUUAAAGCAUUCAUAACAAUCAAUUAAGUAGUGCAGUGAUCUUGGUUUGAUUAAAUUAUCACUUUUUCAUCAACAGAAAUGGUAACAAUGGAUAGUAUACAUGUAUAUCAAUUAGAAUUAUCAACUUAUACAAUCAAUGAAACAAUUAUUGGCUAAUAAAAAUGUUUUUCAUACUAAUCAAUUUAAAAUAAUUAAAGAAAUUGCCUAAUAAAAUAUGUGUUAUGCAGUUGAUAAUUUACCAUAAUUUUAAUGAAAACUUCUAAACUAAAUAACUAUUGAUACAUAAUUUUAAAUAAAAAAACAAAAGUUCAUUAUUCAUCAAUUUUUAGGGAGUAUAAUUAUACAUUAGUCAUCAAUUUUUAUGGAGCAUAAUAAUACAUUAGAAACCUAUGAAACAAGGGGAUUUUGUCCGGGUAGUGAAGGGGAUUUUGUCCAGCCUUGCAAAAACAUGAAGGGGAUUAUGUCCACCAAUGAAUGGGGAUUUUGUCCGGGUAGGCGAAGGGGAUUUUGUCCGAAGGGGAUUUUGUCUGACAUUCAGUGGUUACUGGCGGUCACAGCGUAACCGGUGCGCGGAGUUUGGUGUUGAAGAUGGCUUAAUUGUGAUAUGAAGCACUUUUCCAAGAUAUAAUUACUGAAAUACUUAGUUUGAAACAACACAUAAUUGUUUUUUCCAACAAAAAAUAAAAGCUGAAGGCUGCUUUAAAAAUUUUACAGUUCAGUGUUCAUGUUGUAUAUAAUUGGAUAUAAUCUAAGAGUGGUGCCAACAUAUGACCAAUAAACACUUUCAAAGCAAAUUUUAUGAAUUUGAUGUACUUGUAAAAUGUUAGUAUCAAUUUUACUUGUAUGCUUAAAUUAAGACAAUGUAUGCCAUUCCAGUUUGUUAAGUAAAACUUUAUAUGUGACAUAAAAUACAUAUAAAUAAUA